CUCGCGGCCGCUGGAUGCCAUCUCGUCACGGGGUUUGCCUGUUGCUGAGUGUCCAGGUCGAACGAUGCAACAUCCUCUCCAGGGAGGCAGCAUGCUCCCCAUCGACUCGGGACAUAUCGCCGGUCCCUUGGGCGGGAGGUACUACGACGGAAGAGAACCUUGGUAUGAGCGAGUAGCUCGUUCCGAAAUGGGUGGAACUCCAGAUUGGUGGACCUAGACAACGUCCACAUAAAAGGUCUUGAACCUAGCUACACAUCUAUAUGCUAAAAACGCAAUCGCCAACCAAACCACACCAUCUCGUCCCUCGGGGCGACGACGCAAAAGCAAACCCAACAAACAAAAGCAGUCGGGGCACUACAGCCGCCCCCCCCCCAAAUCAAGCCAUGACAGAAGAACCUGGAAUAUACGCAGACCCAGUCUCGGCGGCUGCUGCCUCCGACUGGGCCGACAUCUUGCCGGACAUACCACUCGAGGACAUCCCCCGCUACCUCCCCCACCACGACUCGUCCGCCUCCUUCGUGGAUCAGACACCCUCACUGGAACUGACCAUCCCGCCUUUAUCGAGUGAGGCAGCAGUACCCGACGACGUCUUCCCACUCAACACCUUCCCGCUCGAUGAACUUGGCCAACCGCCCCAACUCGGGGAGGGUGGAAGUCAAGCCACCGCCGUGGUGACCAUGAGCCAUUACGAGGACGUGCCCUACCCCCACCACUACAACCUGUCCUCCUUCUGUGCAGGUCCAACGUUCGCACCCGAGCUGACCCCUCUAGUUCCUUCGUGGACAGAAGUAGCAGGAGGAGUAUACAACGACGCCUUAUCGUUCGGCGGCCACUGGCAGCCGUCCUCGCUCGGGAAGGGUGAAAAUCACGCCGCCCCGCUGGGUAAUAUGGGCGAAAACGAGAGCCUGCCCUGGGAUCAGCCAUCACAACCCCCUUACUCCCCCUACUAUGACCCGUCCUUAUCCCACACGGAUCAGACUAUCAUACCAGAGCUGACCAUUCCGCCUCCCCCGUAUGCGACAGCAGCGCUAUCCGGUCACCUGGACGGCGUGCCGUCUUCACCCGGGGAGGUUGGAGCUGCUUACGCCCCCGUGCCGGGAGUCAUGGACGAUUACCAGGGCCUGCCCGGGCACGCCGCCUGGGCCGGGACGUCGUUGCCGUUGACAUAUCAUCCGUCGUGCAUCUCGCCCUCCUUACUGUUGACGGAUGAUAUGUCCACGGCAACGACGGCGAGAUACACGACAGAUGAUAUGUCAACGGCAACGACUACGACCACGACGGCGCCGUCGUCGUGCGUCUCCCCCUCCACGGCCGGGAGGUCGCCAUACUUCCCGCCCCUGGCCCCCAGUCUGCCGGUCGAUAUCGCGCCGGCGGUGCCGCGGGGGCAGAUGUCGAUGUCGAUGACACAGCCUUGCCCGCCUGCUGAGGCGGGGCUUAAGGCUGGCUCGGUUGGUCGGCGUGGGCGCGGGAGAGGGCGGGUCAAGGUGUCUCCUCAGUGUCAACUCAAAGAUCAACAGCAAAAUUCGCCGCGACCGGAAUGCAAAUACUGCCAUAAGCGGUUCGACAAGAAGCGUGACCGGGACCGGCACGUCGAGAACAAGCAUUGGAGGGAGCGCGGCCUUCCCGAACCGUGCUUCCCCUGCGACGUCCCCGGCUGCAAGAAGAGUUAUACGAGGCCGGACCGGCUUACUCGACACCAUAGGGAGAAGCAUUUAUCGUUGCGGUGUUGAAUAUUGCUUCUGGGGAGAGCUGCCGAGGUGUUAUGGGUUAUUGUCUCUCUCAGUACAUGAGUUUUUUUUUCUUUUGUUUUCUCACGUAGUUCAAAGUUGGGGCGUUUUUGUAUUUACUGUCUUCGCAUGGUAUCCAUCCAUAUCCGCCAUGUCCUGGCAUGAAAUUAUGAUUCACGAAAUCUAUGCACUUGCUGUCCAACGAUGUGGUAUGGGCAAACUUCCAUG